AUGGGCGUGCCGCUCCGGGUCUUCUACCGCAACACUUCCUCGUCUUCAGCCACGUCCAGCAUCGCCGCGGAUACCCGCGCGCAAAGAUUCACCGACGGCUUGCAAUUCGCAAUCUCGGAACAACCUCUGACAUCCGCGCAGCGCUCCAACUUCUCAUCCACCGGUGUGACGGGGGAUUCGCUGCACAUCCCGCUGUUCAUCAACAGUUACGGCCUCUUCUAUAAUAUUCCAGGGAAUCAGGCCACAUCCCUGAAUAUGACAGCUUGCCUCGCGGCGAGAAUACUCAAAGGGGCUGCUUCCGUCUCCAAGAUUACAAUCCUGGUGGAGUCAGCCACUUCAGGGGCCACCUCGGCAGUCCUCGGCUGGCUCGCCACAGCAUGCCCGUCCCUACCCGUGACGUACGACAGCAUUCGUACAGAUGUCGUACUCGUGGGCGCCGACAUGAUCCACAAGCUCCUGUCCACGCCGUUUUCGUUCGGGUGGAUGCCGGCAUCUGCGGGUCGAGCCGCCUCCCUGCCCGAGUUCGCCUUGGAAACGUCUACUCCCGGGCAGUUCGUGGUUUGUGGCGCCUCCAACACCACCGCCUUAUGGGAUGCAUUGGUCGCGGUGGUACCCACAACCCUGACGGGGGACUACAGCUCUGUGUCGGUGUCUGCCCUGCCUGCCAGCGGGGUGGCCCCCAUCCUCACCCUCACCUACCUCAUCACCCGCAGCAACUGGAGCUACUCCCCAGCAGAAGCCCAGCGUGGUGAGGCAGUCAAGGCCCUGGCCAUCUUCUUCCAUACUGUCGCCGUCACGGGAGCGACUGGCGCCGGCAGCAGCAGCAGCAGCAGCAGCAGCAGCGGCGGCGGCGAGGGUAUGUUGUCGCAGUUCGGGCUGUUGUCGCUCGGGAGCACUGUCACAGCUGCGAUAAGAGCCGCCUCUUCCGGCGCUUUCAUCACAGGGAGAGGUGCAGUGCCGUACGUCUUCGCGGACAGCAAUGGGCCCAACGAGAUGAGGGCCAGGUCCACCAGCCCCAUGCACCUCGUGUAUAGAGCCACCGGGUCGGGCUCGGGUCAGAACGAAGUGGUGGCCAAGGCCAACGGGUACCAGGCAAUCGUGGAUUUCGGGAUCUCCGAUACGCCCAUGCCGGAUGCGCUGUACACAGACCUAACCGCAAAUGGCAAAGUCGCGAUGGUGCACAUUCCUGUCCUGCUGGCGCCCAUGAACUUUUUCGUCAACAUUCCGGAGAGCGUACUGCCCUCGCGGCAGCUCAGGCUCAGCCCUUGUACCCUCGCCAAGAUUAUGCAGCACCAGGCCGAUAUCCUGAGCUGGAGCCAUACUGACAUAGCAGCUGACAACAACGGCUUCACACUCCCCGACCAGCUCAUCACCGUGUUCUACCGGCAGUUCAGCUCCGGAACCACAGCCGUCAUCACCGCCUACCUCACAGCCACAUGCCCAACGUGGCGCCUGGGUUCUGGCAGCUUGCUGUCCAUCUGGCCGGCCACCUUCAAGCCCGCGGCCAAUGCACUGAACAUGUCCACCAGCGUCUUCUCCACUCCUUGGUCCAUUGGCUACAUGGAUGCCGCCAACGGGCUGGACCUGAACCUGGUGGAGGUCGCCAUCCAAAACAAAGAGGGGAACUUCGUCACCACCCAGACUGGAGAUGUGCCCGGCGCCGCCUCCGCGCUGUUCAAGUCCGAUGCCUGGCCCAAGGAUCCCCUCCAGUCCUUCUCCGCGGUUUCAGUGCUGAACCAGCCGGGGGCGACCACCUUUCCCAUUGUCGCGAUGCCCUUUAUGUUCGUGCGCACCGACCUCACAAACCGUGGGGACGCUGGCGCGCUGCUUCAGAGCUUCCUGACGUUUCUGUUGGGCGACUGGGCACAACACGUGAUUGCACCGGCGGCGGGCUUUAGCCCACUGCCAGCGGAAGUACGGCAAUACACGACAGAGCGGGCGCUGCCGUUGCUGCAAAUUGACACGCGGGCCAAGAUGUGGACAUUUGAAAGCGGCAGCGUGUUGCCGGCAGGCAAGGGCAGCGCUGACUACGUGAUAAGCUCCUUCGCGGGAAGCUUCGAGAACACGAACGCCGCCGCCUUUGCAGACUUCUACAAGGCCUACUACCUUCUGCAGAACAAAGCAACCGCGCGAGCCGCGAACGCCUCCGCGACGUCCGCCACGUCCAUCAAUGCGAGCGCGCUGCUGUCGUACAUUCCCGCAAACCUAAAGGAUCAGCUUCAACGUAUGGAUAGACAAAUUGCCGUACUGCAGAUCAUUGCAAUUACGGGGAUUUGCUUUGGUAUCCUGGGCCUUAUCCUCGCGAUCUUCAGCUCAUGUAGGAUAUUCGUACACUCGACCUUAUGGGGCGGGAUUGUCGGCGGCUCGGCUGGUGUCGUACACCCCACCUCUAUGAUUAAUAUGGGCGGGGGUAGCGUCCGAAAGCAGAAGUCAAGUGGCAAUAUGAGCGAAACGUCGUUGCACGACAUGGCCAUGGCGGCGGAGAUUUAA